UCCUCCUCCGCCGCCGCCGCCGCCACUUUCUCGCUCGCUCCCGCUCCCCGGACGCGGCGGAUGAGCCGGCCCCGCUGGGGAAGGGCUCGGGGCGGCGGCGGGCGGCCGGGAGGAGGCUGCGUGCUCGGGGCUGGGGCUGCGAGCGGGGUGAUUUUGUAUUAAAAUGAGGAGGAGGAAGAAGAGGCAGCCACAGCGGCGGCGGCGGCGGCAGCAGCAGCAGCAGCAGCAGGAACAGCGGCGUAGAGGGCUGCAGCCCGGGCGGACGCGCGGAGCCGAGCUGGGCACGGCGGCGGCGGCGACAGCGGCCGGGAUGAGUCAACUAAUAAUUUAAUGGGGGCAGAGACGGCAGCGCGGGGGAGAGCGAGCGAGAGCGAGCGAGGGAGAGAGAGAGAGAAGCAGCCCCGUCCGGGGACUCGCGCUCACACGCACGCACACACACACAAACACACACACCUCUCCCUGUGCCACCCAGCAACAACCGGCCUCGUCACAACAACAGCAACAGCCGCCCUCUAGCCCGGCCCAGGGACCGAGCAUAAAGCCGGGGCGACUCCAGAGGACGCUUCCCACCCCUUCUUGCAUUUCGGGAAACUCCUCAUCAGUUUUGUUGGGGUUUCUGGGUUUCUUUUCCCCCCAAGUCCUAGUGCCAUUGUGGUGCUCCUUGUUUACCUCGGACUCUGGCUGAGUGAGAGCUUGGCGACUUUUUGGGGGGAGGGGGCGGGGAGUUUGUCGCUGCUGAGGCGGUGGAGGUGGCUGGGGGUGCCUUCUGAUUCCCUCCCCCUCCCCCCAAACCCUCUUUCUCUCUCCCUACUUACUCGGCUCCCCAGGCGCUCGCAGCCCCGCGUCAAUGGGCUGGGAGAGGGUCCUCGGGGCUGCAAUCAGCGAGGGCCGAAUCAAAAGUGGCAUUUCAGUGCCUUUCCGGGGCUCUUUCCGCGACCUUCUGCCCCCCACCCUCGCUGUCCCCCGGUAGAUGCCCUCGUUGGGGGUGCGAGGCUGUGGGAAGAAAGUUUAAGGUUUGUUAAUAAUUAGUCGCAAUUGUUGGGGAGGGGGUGGGGGCGAUUGGAAGGGAGGAGAGGUGGCCUUCCCCUCUCUGCGUUCUCUGGGGUUAUUGGAGAAUAAUAUUGCAAGUGACAGCCAGAAGUAGACUUUCUGUCCUCACGCCGAAGAACCCGAGCGAGCAGGAAGGAGGGAGGGAGGGAAACGAGGGGACCUUUUUUCCUUUCUGGAGACCUUGUCCGCAGUGGGUUUUUUUUUUUUUUUUUUAAAGAGAAUCCUCAGUCACCACCUCGCCUCCCCAGCACCACCACAGUGUACAGCUCAUAACGGGUUUUGCUUUGUUUUUACGAUUUCCCCCCAACGAAUCACUUGUCAGAUCAAUUUUAUCUUCUCCCUCCUCCCUACUUCCCACUCUCCCCUCCUCCCCCAUCGAAAACCCUGUUCUCUGAGGUUAGACAUUUUACAAACCAUAUAUGUUGUUUUUCGAAUUGUGAUUUUUUUUUUAACCCCCUCUCCCAUGGCUACUCUUCUAGACGUUUAUUUCUGCCCUUCCCCCGCUUAGGGGGGCGGGGGUAGGGGAAGAGAAAAUAAUACAAUUUCAGGGGAAGUCGCCUUCAGGUCUGCUGCUUUUUUUUUUUUUUAAUUAAAAAAAAAAAGGACAUAGAAAACAUCAGUCUUGAACUUCUCUUCAAGAACCCGGGCUGCAAAGGAAAUCUCCUUUGUUUUUGUUAUUUAUAUGCUGUCAAGUUUUGAAGUGAGUACAAGAUAUGUUGAAUUACCAGACAGCUGGAAGAAAGUGGUGAUCUUUAGAGGGUAACUGAGUAUGGAUCAUUUGAACGAGGCAACUCAGGGGAAAGAACAUUCAGAAAUGUCUAACAAUGUGAGCGAUCCGAAGGGUCCACCAACCAAGAUUGCCCGCCUGGAGCAGAACGGGAGCCCGCUAGGAAGAGGAAGGCUUGGGAGUACAGGUGCAAAAAUGCAGGGAGUGCCUUUAAAACACUCGGGCCAUCUGAUGAAAACCAACCUUAGGAAAGGAACCAUGCUACCGGUGUUCUGCGUGGUGGAACAUUAUGAAAACGCCAUUGAAUAUGAUUGCAAGGAGGAGCAUGCGGAGUUUGUGUUGGUGAGAAAGGAUAUGCUUUUCAACCAGCUGAUAGAAAUGGCAUUGCUGUCUCUGGGUUAUUCGCAUAGCUCUGCUGCCCAGGCCAAAGGGCUAAUCCAGGUUGGAAAGUGGAAUCCAGUUCCACUGUCUUAUGUGACAGAUGCCCCUGACGCUACGGUGGCAGAUAUGCUUCAAGACGUGUAUCAUGUGGUCACAUUGAAAAUUCAGUUACACAGUUGCCCCAAACUAGAAGACUUGCCUCCCGAGCAAUGGUCGCACACCACAGUAAGGAAUGCUCUGAAGGACUUACUGAAAGAUAUGAAUCAGAGUUCGUUGGCCAAGGAGUGCCCCCUUUCACAGAGUAUGAUUUCUUCCAUUGUGAACAGCACUUACUAUGCAAAUGUCUCAGCAGCAAAAUGUCAAGAAUUUGGAAGGUGGUACAAACAUUUCAAGAAGACAAAAGAUAUGAUGGUUGAAAUGGAUAGUCUUUCUGAACUAUCCCAGCAAGGUGCCAAUCACGUCAACUUUGGCCAGCAGCCGGUCCCAGGGAACACAGCCGAGCAGCCUCCGUCCCCCGCGCAGCUCUCCCACGGCAGCCAGCCCUCUGUCCGGACCCCUCUACCGAACCUGCACCCUGGGCUUGUGUCAACGCCCAUCAGUCCUCAGUUGGUCAACCAGCAGCUGGUGAUGGCUCAGCUGUUGAACCAGCAGUAUGCAGUGAAUAGACUUUUAGCCCAGCAGUCCUUAAACCAACAAUACUUGAACCACCCUCCCCCUGUCAGUAGAUCUAUGAAUAAGCCUUUGGAGCAACAGGUUUCAACCAACACAGAGGUGUCUUCCGAAAUCUACCAGUGGGUACGUGAUGAACUGAAACGAGCAGGAAUCUCCCAGGCAGUAUUUGCACGUGUGGCUUUUAACAGAACUCAGGGCUUGCUUUCAGAAAUCCUCCGAAAGGAAGAGGACCCCAAGACUGCAUCCCAGUCUUUGCUGGUAAACCUUCGGGCUAUGCAGAAUUUCUUGCAGUUACCAGAAGCUGAAAGAGAUCGGAUUUACCAGGAUGAAAGGGAAAGGAGUUUGAAUGCUGCCUCGGCUAUGGGUCCUGCCCCCCUGAUAAGCACACCGCCCAGCCGCCCCCCCCAGGUGAAAACAGCUACGAUUGCCACUGAGAGGAAUGGGAAACCAGAGAACAAUACCAUGAACAUUAAUGCUUCCAUUUAUGAUGAGAUUCAGCAGGAAAUGAAGCGCGCUAAAGUGUCCCAAGCACUGUUUGCAAAGGUUGCAGCAACCAAAAGCCAGGGGUGGUUGUGUGAGCUGUUACGCUGGAAAGAAGAUCCUUCUCCAGAAAACAGGACUCUGUGGGAGAACCUCUCCAUGAUCCGAAGGUUCCUCAGUCUUCCUCAGCCAGAACGGGAUGCCAUUUAUGAACAGGAGAGCAACGCGGUGCAUCACCAUGGCGACAGGCCGCCCCACAUUAUCCAUGUUCCAGCAGAGCAGAUUCAGAGCCCCUCUCCCACCACCCUUGGGAAAGGAGAGUCUAGAGGCGUUUGCUUACCAGGCCUGCUGACCCCUGCACCAUGGCUCAGUGCUGCUCCUCAGCAGCAGCCGCAGGCGCAGGCGCAGCAGCAGCCGGCGCCGCCGCCCCCGCAGGCACAGGCGCAGCAGCCCGCCGGGCCCCGGCUCCCCCCGCGGCAGCCCACCGUGGCCUCGCCCGCCGAGGCCGAGGACGAGAACCGGCAGAAGACCCGGCCGCGAACGAAAAUUUCCGUGGAAGCCCUGGGCAUCCUGCAGAGUUUCAUCCAAGACGUAGGCCUGUACCCGGACGAAGAGGCCAUCCAGACUCUGUCCGCGCAGCUUGACCUGCCCAAGUACACCAUCAUCAAGUUCUUUCAGAACCAGCGGUAUUAUCUGAAGCACCACGGCAAACUGAAGGACAACUCCGGCUUAGAGGUGGAUGUGGCCGAAUACAAAGAAGAGGAGUUGCUCAAGGAUUUGGAAGAGAGUGUCCAAGACAAAAAUGCUAACACCCUUUUCUCGGUGAAGCUAGAGGAAGAGCUGUCAGUGGAAGGAAACACGGACAUUAACACUGACUUGAAAGACUGAGAUCAAAGUAUUAUUUUCAUUCAGCAGUGCCACUGGUAUUUACUAACGACAGGAGAAGUCCACCUUGUAUUCUCUCCGAAAACCUUUGUUGUUCAUUGUUUGGCCAAUGAAUCUUCAGUAACUUGCACAAACAGGAAAGUUGAGAAAGGAUAAUACAGACUGCACUAAAUGUUUUACUCUGUUUUACAAACUGCUGGGCAGCCCCAGGUGAAGCAUCGAGGAUUGUUUGGUAUUAAAAAUUAAAAUUUGUGUUCACGGGACACAUCAAGUUGUGUACCCCGUAAGCAUGAUACCAGUGAUUUUUUUUUUUAAAAAAUUAUUCUGGAGCCUCAAACAAGCAUUAUAACUUCUGUGAUUAUUAUUUCCUUCCUUUAAUUAUUUCUGUAACACUCCACACUGAUCUUUGGAAACUCGCCCCUUAUUUUAAAAAAAGAAAAAAAAAAGAGUUUGUUACUCUAUUGUAUGUUACAAAAGAACUAUAGACUGUGGAAUGCAGUUUAAAGAUGACAUAUGCCAACAAAUGCCUUGUAUUAUAUGGCACUGCCGUAAUUCAAAUUUGUUUUUAUUUUGGAAAUAAAAGUUCACUGUAAUUUUUUUCAUUCUCAUUGUUACAUGAUUUUUUAAAAAAUGAAAAAGAAAAUGUGAAACACAAUUUAGUCCUCAUUAUUUAUUUGUAGAUCCUGCAGCAUCAUGUUGUAAUUAAUUUUUUGGAAGUUUCCGUUAAAUGUAAUAUUGCUUCUCUUGUUACCAUACUGAUUCUUUUCUAUUUAUAAAUGUAUUUUGAUGGGCAGUAAAACAAAGUGUCUUAAAAGUUUUAAAUAGAGAAAAUGUGCUUUACACAGUUGCCUAUAAAAAGUGCUCUAUGUUAUCCAAGCAAUUCAUACUAUAAGCUUCACUCUUAUUGUUGUAUGCAAUUUUUACUAUCAUGCAAAUAAGCUUAGGUAAAUAAAACUAAUAGAUCACCUUAGAAAAUUAUGCAAUUAAUGUGAAAAUAAUUGAUGUUUGCAAUGUGUCUUCCUUUGGUUUACAAUCAAUUUUAAAGCUACAUCUGUAUAAAAUUUCUGUAUAAAGGUGUAUUUCUUUUUUAUGAGUUUAUGGCUAUGAAAACACCAGCUAUUUUGUUACAGCUGGCUGUUUUUAUAAGUGUAUCACAAUUUUCUUUAUGCAGAAAUGUUCUGAUUAGGAGUGGUUAUUGACUGUAACUACACAAUUAAAAUUGUUUGUAUGGUAUGACAUGGUAGGGUUUGUCUGCUUAUGUGAAGUAACUUUAAAGAGUCAGAGAUGGCCCUCUCAGUUAGGUGCAUGUUAAUAUUUCCUUGAUAUUUUACUGAUUUUAAAAAGAGCGAUUGAAAAGUCACUUGAAACACUGUAAAUUUAAACCACAGACACAUGCUCAUUUUUUAAGUUUAACAAUGAGGACCAUAACCUGUUUGGGGUUAAUUUGCCAACUAAACAGAGAUAGUAGGAUGGUCAGAAGACCUGCCAACAAGAACAUAAGUCUAGUCUCUAGGAGUUAUGUGCUGAAAAUGAAUUCAUCCACAUUUAUUUCACAAUAUUUAAUUAUGGCAACACUUUUUUAAAGCUAAUGUAUAAAUAUUUUAAAGGCCUUUAACAGUAACAUAAAGUAAGUAGGGAAAAAUGGACUUCUGUAUAAAAACCUCUUAGUAAGCAAUGUAUUUUUUAAAGUUGUAAAUGGAAUAUAAGUUAAUAACUCUGAGCUCAUUUGGUUGUGCAUGUCGUAAAUAUAAGAACUAAAGGAAGAAAAUAAUAACACACCCGGAAUUUAAACACCUCUUCAAAAUUCUCGCAACAUAAAACUCCAUACACUCCAUGAUAUAAAACGAGGUGUGCUAAUGGUCAUGGAAAGGAUUGAGGCCAAGAUUUCGGGUUUUGAUUAUUAGUUUUUUGUAUUCACUUGAUCUCGUCUGCUUUUUUUUUAAGACUUCCUAGAUGUUAAUAAGGGAAUCUGGGUUCCUUGAUAGUUGGUUCUGAAAUUGUCCAAUCUCUUCAUGCCUAACAUUUUUCCAGGCACUGAUGAGCUCAUUGGUAGGCAACUGGGCUGCUUUAAUGUUGAACUUUUACUUAAGAAACUAAAAUGGCAUCAUUGAAGACUCCCAAUUCAGCUGUAAAAGUACUAUUUACUUUUGAAGCACAGCUGAACUGCUUUGAAGGCAGCUGGUUUGCUGUAACUUAAAAUUGUAUUGAAAAAGUUUUCAAUUCUUUUUAUUAAAUGAGAAAACAACUUUUAAACAUUCUUGCUCACUUAGAGUUGAGAAAACCAUUUGAGGAAAAGAAAUUUGAAUUAAUAAAAUAGAAACUAGAUUUCAUGUAGUAAAAAAAAAUGAAUAAAUAGAAACUAACAUGCCGUAAAGUUUUUUUACAAAAUCCUCUUUUCCUCUUCCCCCCCCCCCCGGGUUUAGAGGGAAAAGCUAGAGCAAAGAGUAGUUUUUGAUUUUAUUUAUUUUUACAGUCCAACAGAAUAUAAGGUGCCAGAACUUUUAAUUUUUUUAGAAGGAAAAUUUGGGUGGCAAAUAUGAUUUUGCCAUUCCCAGUAAUCUAAUUUCUUUUUUUCAUUUUGAAUGAAUUUGAUGAGUGUGUGUAAGAACGCAAUACAAUACUAAUAAUAGUCUCACUUAGACCCUUUAACUUAAGCAGCAUAAUCUUCCUAAUAACGCUAUUUUAAACCAAAAAUAAAUAAAUAAAUAAAAAGCA